UGUGUGAUACAUAUUAAUUAGCAGCUUUCUUUAAAACCACAAAAUGAUUUUAUUAAUAAACUACCCCUAAUCUCACAUGGAAUGAAGCAUAUUUACAUUUCUUGUUCCACAAGUACCUUCUCAAUAACCCUCCUUGAUCUCUACUCAAAGAACCCCAAAGUAAACUUCCCCAACAUCUGAUAACUUCAACAUCUUCUUAUACCAUUUCUUGAUUUUAUCUCUAAGAACCAAACAUAAACCAAAACCUACGAGAAAAUGGGAGACCAAGGAGUACAACAAAUGCAGCAGCAGCCUGUUGUGUAUCCAAACGCAUACACUAAGCAGUAUCCAUAUCCAUCUGCAUCAUCUUCUUCUUCCUCCUCUGGCUCACGCGGUUCCUUUGGGACGGUCUUCAUAGUUCUUGCUGUGAUCCUUGUCUUGUCGGUUCUGGCUUGUGUCUUCGGGAGGCUAUGCAACCGUGAAAGCCGCGCUGCCAAGCAGCCGAAGCAUGAGAAAGGGUCGUCGUCUAAAAAGAGCCGUGAGAUUCGGCCUGUGGAUCGUGAGCCGAGGGAGAGAGGUGAUUUGGAGUUUGGGUUGGAUAUGAAACGGCCUGACCAUGUUGAGAAACCCUCUGGAAGAGAUUACGGAGAGGAUAUAGAAUCGGGAUUUGGUGACAAGAGAGAAGAAAGAGGCGGAGGAGGACCACCUCUGCCUCCGGUUAUCAAACAUGGAGUGAGAUUUAAGUUACCGGAGGAAAACGGAGACCAACAUGCUGGAGGCGAAAUAAGACGUGGAGGUCCUGACAUUGAGUUCCGACCAAGACACUAAUGAACUUGGAGCUGAAGCUAUCAAACUUCGUAAUCUCUUGGUGUGAUAUAUACAAUAGAUACUCUGUAUAUAUCUAAGGUACUGAAUAAAUUCAGCAUACAUAUGUAAAAAUUCUAUGUAAAUUCCAAAAGAUUCGAAAAUUUUAUGGAAUACCUGUUGAUAUUAGUAAGGCUGGGCAUAAUAACUCAGUACUAGGUUUGUAUCUGUUACUUGCUAUCGUCAAAUCGGAUAACAAGUAUCUAACUCUUAUUACUUACAGUCUAAGUCAAGUAUUCUUUUUUCAUAUAAUAAUUAUACUGAAUAUUUAUUAAAUAAGUGUUGUUAUCAAUUACUAUCUUUAUAAACAAAAAUCAAUAUAAAUAUUGACAUUUAUGGUACUGUAAACAAAACUCAAUAAAUAUCUGUGAUUUAAAAAAUAUAUUUAUUAAAAUACCGAAGCCUAAUAAUUCUAUUUCCAAUCCAAAAUCUUUUCUAUUUUUUUAUUUUACAACAAAAGGCUCUCUUUUCUAUUUUGAGUUUCAAAUAUUGCGAAUUCAAAUAUAAAUUCAAUAACGAAGUAUUUUAUAUUCUUGAGUAGUGGAACAAGCCAAAUAACUUACAAGUAUUCGGUCUAACAAGUAUUCAUUUUAAUAUAAAAAGACAAGUAUUCAUUUUAAAUGAGUCAAGUACACGUAACAAAUUUAACUACUUGAACAAGUUAAACGUGAGUCAAGUAUCAGAAAUUAGCCGGUACUCGUCCUGUGCCUACCCCUAAUUAUUAGACCACGUAGUUCUAACUUUCCGAGGGGUUUUAGCCAGUAAAGAACAAAAACUAAAGGCACCUACCAAGAAUGGCUUUACAGAGCUCCAGAAGGGGAGCAGCGGUAUGUAUUACUUUCACCAAAUUACAUGAUCAGAACUGUCGGUUAUUGAAAAGUCGAGUCUCGGAUUUAUUCUCUGAGAAAUUGUAGGAGCUUUUGACAGUAAUAUCCACCGUACAUCUCUGACUGCGUUAUCAGCCCUAAUUUUUUAGCGGGCCUUUUCAUAUGGAAAUAUAAAUGAACUUUCAUUAGGGGACAAAUUACCAAAGCCCAACCCAUAUAACUCAUGUUUGGCACACUUCGCCUACAAUGAAGCGUGUUCGCUUUCUUUUCUUAUUUUUUUAAAAAGCGUGUUCGCUUUCUUGUUCUGUGAUAUACAAUCUAUACUAUACUAAAAGCAACAUAUAGAGAGUAUACAGCAUGCCACAUCAGAUUUUUUAUUCAGGCCAAUCAGGGAUAAGGCUUUAGACACGUCAGACGCUCGCGGUGUUGUUUUGUCCUAGAUAAGAGAAUGUGAGUAGAUCUUCUUUCAUCUUUUCUAAAAUCCUAAGCGUUUCACCUCCUACGGUUUCCAGAUUGAUAAUGAACUUUAAUAAUCAUCAAUAGAAACGUUCCCUUCAAUCACAUGUCCUAAAUUCACAUCUACUCCCUUCCAAGCUUUCUCUAUCGUCAUGAUUCACAUGAGAUUCAAAGCUUUUAGCAGAAAGUUGGAUUCAUAAGACUCCUUAGUCCGACGUCACCGUCGCUCCAAAUGAAGCCUCUGCCAGCCUCAGUCGUAAAUGGAAGUGGAAUCAAGUUGAUCAGGUUGAUUCAGAACGCUGAUUGCAGUCAUUUGUUUGGAUUGAAGGAAAGACAUCUCUUUGCAAAUCGAAAUUAGAUGCCACCGACUUUGGCUUCAAGCUCUAUAACCACAGCUGGUGGUUCGCCUGCUCUAACUCCUGCACCACCUUCCAAACUGAUGUUCAGUCGAUAGAUCAACAGACCCGAGUUCUACCAGAAUCAGGAAGAAGUGACGGUCUCAAUUUUCUCCAAAGCAUAACGUAAAAAGUCGAGUUUGAUGACCAGAUUGUUAUGUUUUCCAGUUGAUGUUUCUCAUUUUGCUGGAGAAGAAGCUUAUCUUUCCUAACCAAGUUUGUUUUGGAAGAUAGUACGUGAAGUGCAUAUAUAAAGUUUUUGGAACCAAUGUUGAGAUCCGUCUCGCAAAAGCUGAGAUAGUAACUUGGGCAUCCCUUGAAUAUGGAAAAGGGAUAGCUCUUCUGCCUAAACCUAAUCUCGCAUCAGUUUUUUUAAAACAGCGAAGUCUUUAUUUCUACUUACUUUUUUGCUUUGUUUUAAUGUAUUCAUAACAGCCGUGUGUGCCGUGAUACAGGGCUCGGUGGACGUUGUGUUUAUGAGAAGAACUGAUUAAUUCCAAGCUAUGAAGAGACACAACAAUGUACUGUUGCAUCAUGCAUGGACGGUUAAUGGAUCAAAAGAUUCUCGAUGGAAAUACUGAGGUUGCUCCUGUUGCAACUCGAGUCCAUGUAAAUGGAUUGAAGGAAGGAUUGAGAGGACUGUUUCCAUUGUUGGAGGCAGGAAAAGAAGACUAGGAAGAUGCACAUCUCCUUCUGUGAGACACCUUCCAAUGCCAAGACGACUCUGGAAAAUCGACAGACACUGGUCACUUGAUCGACAAGCUUCAUGGUUUAGGAAGUUUUAGACCACCGAGUACUACUGCACUGUCUUUGCUGUUUCUUAACAUCUUGAUUUCAUCAAGAACAUGGUUAGUGGUACCUCCCAGGAUGAUUGUGCUGUUUUUAUCAUUGACUCCACCAUUGGUGGUUUCAAAGUUGGUAUCUCUAAGGAUGGACAGACCCAUGAGCACACUCUCCUUGCUUCACCCUUGAUGUCAGGCAAAUGAUUUUUUUCUGUAACAAGAUGAAUGCAACUACCCCCAUAUACUCCAAGGGUAAGUACAUUGAGAUUAUCAGGGAGGUGUUUUCUUACUUAAAGAAGUUUGGAUACGACACUUGAAAAAUUUCAAUCGUCCCCAUCUCUGCUUUUGAGGAUGACAACAUGAUUGAGACGUCCACCAACCUUGACUGGUAUAAUGGACCAACUCUCCUUGAGGUUUUUGACCAGAUCAACGAGCCCAAGCGGCCCUCAGAUAAGCCCCUCCGUCCUCCACUCCAGGAUGUUUAAGGGUUGUAUUGGAACAGUGCCAGUGGGUCGUGUGGAGCCUGGGUAUGGUUGUCACCUCUGCACUCUGGCCAGCGUGUUGGAUAUGAUCAGAGACGGAUGUGUUUGUGGAGCAACUCUAUGGAUGAGAGCACUUUAGAAAAGGAGGCCACGAUGGAUCUGUAUUUGUACAGCUUCAUGGAAUGCAUAAGGAGUAUCUUUGAGACAUCACUUUUCCAAACAUCCUUCACUUGCAAGUAAAUGACGGUCAAAAUAUGUUUAAUCAAGAUUUGUGCUCACAAAAAAUUAUAUGUAUUUAUUAAAGGUUUACAAGUGCUUUCAGUAUUGUAA